AAGAGCACAAACCGGAAGUGGCACGAACACGUCCACUAGUUUUAUCUGCAACAUCAGCUGGAGCGGUUCCGCGCGCCGAGGACAAGUUAUGUCUACCGAAACCCUUUCUUUCUUGCUUCUUAUGUCGCUCAUUAAUCUUCCAGUUUGUUACUCGGCUGACAGAAAUGACGAGCCCAUCAUCGGCGUCCUGGCCCAGGAGGUCUUCUCCCCGAAGCCCAACCAGACGGCCUACAUCGCCGCCUCCUAUGUGAAGUUUCUGGAGGCUGCGGGAGCCAGGGUGGUCCCUGUCAUGAUUAACCAGACACUGGAGGAAUACAAGACUCUGUUCAGCUCCAUUAAUGGGGUCCUGUAUCCAGGCGGCGGGGUCAGCAUCAUCUCGUCCGGCUACCAAAGGGCUGCCAAAAUCUUCUACGAGCUGGCCAUCGAGGCAAACAAGAGGGGCGACUAUUUCCCCGUGUGGGGCACCUGUCUCGGGUUCGAGCAGCUCAUGGUUCUGACGAGCGGGAAGAGCCAGCUGUCGUACACCAACACGAGUGGCAUCGCGUUGCCCCUGAACUUCACUAAAGAAGUGAAAGGCAGCAGGAUGUUUAAGGCUUUCCCUCCUGAGCUCAUGUCCGCUCUGUCAUCUGAGCCUCUAACAGAAAACUCCCAUCAGUGGAGUCUGGGCACACUGACGUACAGCGCAAACGAGGAACUGAGGAGUUUUUACAAAGUUCUCUCAACAAAUUCAGAUGGAAACAUUGAGUUUGUGUCAACGGUGGAAGCCUACAAUUUCCCCAUUUAUGGAACACAGUGGCAUCCGGAGAAAAAUGCCUUUGAGUGGUCCAGACCUUAUAUUCCUCACUCUCCAUCAGCGAUUCGGACAACUUUCCACAUGGCCGAGUUCUUAGUGAGUGAAGCGAGGAAGAACUUCCACAGGUUUCAGUCUAAGGAGGACGAGAGCAAAGCUUUGAUAUACAACUAUAAUCCUGUUUACACUGGGACGAUGAGUGCCUUUGAGCAAAUGUAUUUAUUCUGAGAGAUGCCUCCAAGCAAAGCGCUUUUUCUAUUGCAGAGUUGAAUGGCUGCCUUUAAUGUGGACUAUUAAGUAAUGAUGAAUUUUCUUUUUGUUUUUUAAUUAUGCACUGGAAAUUGAAUAUUUAUAUAUUGUGUUAGAAAUAUUGGUGAGGUGGAGAGUUCAAAUCUGCUCCCAUAUCGAUAUUAGCUGCUUCUUUUAAUUGCUGGUACUGCCUGGAAUCGGAGACCACUGACUUAGAUUGUUACGGCUGUCGAGACUGUCACACAAAAUGGUGUGCAGUGAGUAACGAGUGCCGCU